AUCGAGCUGUUUCAACUAUUCUUCCCCGAUAAGCUCCUCGAUGAAUUGGCCUACUACACCAAUAGUUUGGCCAAAGAAUACUACCGGAAGUCAAAAAAUACAACUGCGGAGUUCGCUCAGGAAUGGAAGCCUAUAUGUAGGCAGGAACUCUAUGCAUAUCUUGGAGUUGUGCUUUAUAUGGCACUUCAUAGUGAGCCUUCAAUCGGUGACUAUUGGAAGAUACCCGAUGGCUUUUUUCCGGACCAUCCUGUAAGGUACUACAUCUCGCGCAAUCGAUUUGAACAGAUUGAUCGCUUUCUCUACUGUACAGAGCCUGGGCAAUCAUUCGAAAGCCCAUUUGGAAGAGUCAUUCAUCUCUCUGAUUACAUCAAAACCCGUGCACAAAAGUACUACAAGCCUGGUCCCAAUCUUGCUGUAGAUGAGAUGAUUCAGCGCUUUCAAGGGCGAGCCUCUGAGAUUGUCAACAUUCCCCAUAAGCCUACGCCAAAAGGCUUUAAAAUUUGGGUCCUGGGAUGUUCCGGAUAUAUCCUCAACUGGAUGUUCCACGCAAAAGGCAAGGAUCGUGGACCUGUUGAACUGGAUCCUAUUUGGGUAGAAUACGGUUUUAUCCCUACCGAAGCAGUACCACUUACGCUUGUACUUCACCGCGAUCCACAUACUGGACAAAGGAUGCUUGAAGCGAAUAAGCAUAUAGUCUGGUUUGACAAUUUGUUUACGACAAUUCCACUUCUGGAAACACUACGUGAGUUAGGUAUUGGAGCUGCUGGAACUGUACGUACAUUACGUACAAAGCGAGAGGAGUAAUGGGAUGCAGAAGAAGAAGCUGCCAUUUCUGGGCAGAGAAGGGAGGCCGAGGCUACAGCAUCGAUACAACCGUCCUCACAAUACCCCACUCGCACUGCUGUUGUAGAGGCCUACAACUCUCAGUCAAUAUCCACUGGAUUUAGCCAAUCAGAAUCCCUACCAUUGACCUUGCAGCGCCAGAGGAAAAACCGUCAUAUUAUAGAGUUACUCUCCCCUCGUGAGAAAUUCUCAGAUAGGCUUAUGAGUAUCAAGUUAACCUACAACAAUCGAGUUGUAUGGGGAACCCAAUACUGAGAGCUUUCAGCCAAGAAAUCAGUCAUUCAACUUGCUUGGAAGGAUGCUCAAAUCGUCCUAUUUGCAAGUACCGUUGCACUUCCUCAUGAAUAAGUGGUCCAGCUCUGCAAGCGGCCAGCCGCAACAGCAACCGGAGCGAAUAUUAUACGUAAAGUAUUUGGAGAUCAGCCUGUCAAGUAUCUCCCAAUACCGACAAUUGUGGAUUGCUAUAACCAUAGUAUGGGUUCUGUGGACCAAGCAGCGCAACUCAUGACGACCUACGAUACCCAAAGAGUUAAAAGAAAGACAUGGAAGCCACUAUUCUUCUUCCUAUUGAAUGUGGCCAUUAACAACUCCUUUUUGUUG